AUGGCAGAUAAUGGCAACACCGCCCGUCAACAGGCUGACGCCGGUGGCCAUGGAAACGCACGUCCAAACUCAUCCACCCCUCCUUCGUCUCCCUCACAAACUCCAAGAAGACCACCACGCCGUGCCGGAGCCACUACACCGUCAAAGCUUUCCCAGGCGGCAUCUUCGUCAACAACUCUUCCACCGCCACCAACACCAACUCCACCCACCCCUUCUGCCGACGGGAUAUUACUAGCCACUCCAAGAAGGCCUGUAAUAUGCCCAAUUUGCCAAAAGGAUUUACAUCAUGAGAAAGCUCUCUGUGGCCACAUCCGGUGGCACACACACGAGGAGAGGCUGGCCGCAAGCCGAGAGAUUGCCAGAGCACUUUCAGCUAACUUUGUUUCACGCGGCGGCAAUGGUGAACAAGGACCGUCAAAACGGUUCAAACUGCCAGAUCUCAACGAACCACCACCGCCGGAAGAGUGA